CCUUCUAGAAUUCCCUUUAGGGAAGGCGGGAAAAUGGCGGCGCUUGGCGGCUUGGUCGGCCUUUUAUCCACACAAUCCGAGCUGGACAUUGCGCUUGAGGAUGCGACGACACCCCAGGAGAAGGAAAAUCUGGUAUAUCAGUACCUGCGAAAGGUGGAUACCCGGGAAUGCGAUCUGAGAGUUCCCGAAUUCGGAACAGAUUUGCAAUGGCUGAAUUUUGAAGGUUCCCUUUCUCUUUACAAAGACCUUUGUGGGAAAGUGGUGGUCUUGGAUUUCUUCACAUAUUGCUGCAUCAAUUGUAUCCACCUCCUGCCUGAUCUCCAUGAGUUAGAACAGAAGUACUCUACUACAGAUGGACUUCUUGUUGUUGGUGUGCACUCAGCAAAAUUUCCAAAUGAAAAGGUUCUGAAUAACAUCAAAAGUGCUGUUCUAAGAUACAACAUCACUCAUCCCGUGGUAAAUGAUGCUGAUGCAACCCUCUGGCAUGAGCUUGAAAUAACCUGCUGGCCAACCUUGGUCAUUGUUGGACCCCGUGGGAAUAUGCUCUUCACUCUGGUUGGUGAAGGACACAAGGACAAAUUAUUUCUAUUUGCAUCCAUAGCCCUGAAGUAUUACAAGGAGCAAGGUCAAAUAAAUGCUAAUAAAAUUAAAACACAGCUCUAUAGAGAUUCUUUGUCACCUUCAUCUUUGCUGUUUCCUGGCAAAAUUGCCCUGGACAGCUCUGGAAACCGAUUGGUAAUAGCAGAUACUGGACAUCAUAGGAUUUUGGUUGUCAGAAAAAAUGGUCAAAUUCUGCACAUUGUUGGAGGACCAAACAGUGGAAGAAAAGAUGGAACAUUUUCAGAAGCAUCAUUCAGUUCACCACAAGGAGUGGCCAUAAAGAACAAUAUCAUUUAUGUAGCAGAUACAGAAAACCAUUUGAUUAGGAAGAUUGACCUGGACUUAGAGAUUGUGAGCACUGUUGCAGGAGUUGGAAAGCAAGGCAUGGAUAAGGAAGGAGGCGCCAAAGGAGAAGAACAGCCUAUUAGUUCACCAUGGGAUGUAGCCUUUGGAACUUCAGUUUCAGCAGACCAUGAAGACAACAUUCUGUGGAUUGCUAUGGCAGGCACACAUCAAAUUUGGGCCCUCAUGUUGGAAUGUGGAAAACUACCCAAGGGAAGUGACUUAAAGAAAGGAACCUGCCUCCGCUUUGCUGGGAGUGGAAACGAAGAGAAUAGAAACAAUGCAUAUCCCCUCAAAGCAGGCUUUGCACAACCUUCUGGUCUGUCUGUUGCUGCUGAAGAGCCGUGGAACUGUCUUUUUGUAGCAGAUAGUGAGAGCAGUUCUGUGAGAACAAUUUCCCUUAAAGAUGGAGCUGUGAAACACCUUGUUGGAGGAGAAAGAGAUCCAAUGAAUUUAUUUGCUUUUGGUGAUAUUGAUGGAGCUGGGAUAAAUGCGAAGCUGCAACAUCCCUUAGGAGUAGCCUGGGACAAGAAAAGAAACCUCCUUUAUGUUGCAGAUUCUUACAAUCAUAAGAUUAAAUUUGUAGAUCCCAAAAUGAAGAAUUGUGCUACACUGGCAGGUACAGGAGAAGCAAGCAAUAUCAUUGGCUCCAGUUUCACCUCCUCAACUUUUAAUGAACCAGGGGGCCUUUGUGUUGAAGAGGGAGGGCGCUUGCUCUAUGUUGCAGACACAAACAACCAUCAAAUUAAAGUGCUGGAUAUAGAAACCAAAAUUGUUUCACUGCUACCUCUGCUAAAGGUUGAUCCAGCAGACACUGUAGAUAGCCUGUGUGUACAAAAUGUUAAUACAGCAAAACUACCAAAGCUGCCUAAAUCUGCUCCAAACCUUCAGCUACCUUCACGUACUGUAAGCCCUGGACAAGCACUUCACUUCACCCUGAAACUCAGCCUUCCUCCAAAUACCACACUGACUGGAGAAGCUCCAAGUGCAUGGUUUCUUACAUCAGAAGGCAGCGAGUGGUUGCUUCAAGAACAGAACACAUCUGGAGAAAUUGAGGACAUUUGUAAGCAGCCUGUAAUCCCAUUGCAAAUACCCACAAGCUGCCUAUCUACUGAAGCUGAAGUGUCAGUCAAAGUGUGCCUAUAUUACUGUAGCAAGGACAGCAGUGCCUGUAUGAUGGCAGGAAUCUCAUUCAACCAGCCUUUCCAUAUAGCUAAUGUAAACCAAGGUAGCACAGCUCCAAUUGAGCUCAUAUAUGCAUUUUAAUCAAACCAAAGCAAAAUAAGACACACUUGAAAACAACCAAGAAGAUGCAUUUGUGCACUUGUGGGCUCCUCCCCUUUUCUUAUUUUUAAACUUAUGGUCUUCCAGCAGAGUAACAAACUCAGCCAUAUAUUUCAGUUCCAAUUUCACCUUGAAUGCCUAUGAAAAAUAUGCUUCAUCAGAUGUAGUUUGAAUGCGUUGUGCCAAAUCAUGAAAAAACAGAAUACAUUCUAGUCUUUAAUUUUUAAUAGUAUAAACAAUACCUGUUGAAGUGGGUUUGGGACACUGUGAAUAGUUUCAACUGUCCCACCUUGAAUGUAGAUUCAUAAUGCUAUAACCAUUUAUAAGAAAUAUAUUCUGUGUAUGGGCAGCCAUACACAAAAUCCCUAAGAAUAGUUUUCUUCGUCAAUAGAUAAUGUACAAACUAUUGGGUUUUCCUAGAUUAUGAACAGUGUGUUCUCAUCUUAGUAUGAGAGGCAUUUAAGAAAUAGGCAUCUUCAGAAUGACCCAAAAAUGCAAUAGGCCUAUUUUUAUAAAAACAUGGUCUGCUUUAUAAAACUAAUAUUUAUGCCUUAUGUUUAUGGAAGAGCUAUUUAUGAAAGGUCUAAUAGUGGAAGCUAGUGGAAGCAGAGUUUGCUGCUUUAUAAAAUAGGAAAAAUCUACAUAACACUGGCAUUCUGUAUUUUUUUCUUACCUCUCUGCCCAUUCACAUAUAAUGGUGAAACUUCAGAAUUUAACAGCUUUAGGCUAAAGUUACAGUAUACUGAUAUUAGGAUUUCUCAUGGGGUUUUUGACAAUGCUAUGAUAAAACAAAGGGAACAUUAACCAUCAAAGAGACUGUCAGAAUGCAUUAAAGUCUAUGGAAAAAAUCCAUUUGUUUUAUGAAAUAGUACUCUUUCAUAAUUGAUUUGUUAAUGCAUAAGUUCUGGCAAGUGUCCAUUAAAACUGCUAUUCACAGAAAUAAUUAAUUGCUGAAAUUCUUGGUGGAUUUGAUACAAAGCUCCAGUGAAAACUAUCUUCAGAUUCAAUCACUGUCCUUAUAUAUAAGCAGAAAUGAAAAAAAUAAAAAUAAAAAUGAAUAAGUGCAUUUUAAAGUGUUCACAAAACAGGAUUUUUAAAAGAGGUAUAUUUGAAGAAAUGAUUCUUGCACAAUAAAAACUUUGUGAAUUCAUUUGUAUAACUUUCAUCUGAACUUGUUCACAUCUAAACACCUGGUGGUUAAAUGUCUGAUAUUAUUGAUUGUAGAUUUUGCCUUUCCUGCAGCUCUAAAAUGUUUUGGAAGAAUUAUCAAAGGAUAAUUGCCAGAACUUAGGUAUGGCUGGUUCAGGAUCACUUGGUGACAUAACUUAGAGUUAAAAGCUCAUUCAGAUCAGAAAAAUUACACUAUUCCUUCUAGCACUUUAUAGAAUUUGAAUAUUUCCCAUUCUUGCGAGAUUUCAGGUUUUUAAAAGUAAGUUAAUACACGUGACAAAGGCAUGGAGUGUUUUUUGUUAUUUUGAAAGGCUUUUUUUAAAAAAGGAAAUAUGCUUUGUUCCAUAGCAACAAGACUAGUGAAACUGACUGCCUUUUAAUAAUGUAACUGUCCUUUCCUUUUAUACUGUUUAUAUUUUAAUGCCUUCUUAGAGUCUUGGAACUAAUUUAUAUAUUUUCAGUCAGCAGAUUUUUAAGAAGUUAUUUGUUAGUUUCUGAGCAGAACAGUUCUCUCAACUCAGGAAAUUAAUGAAAUUUUUCCAUUCCUACUGGAUUGGAUAGUAGAAAUGUUGAUUUAAUCAAUUCCAUGAAUUCACAAAACGGUUUCCAUUGUUUAUCGGUAGAACCAAGAGUGUUGAAAAGCAGUAUGGGCUACAUAGCAGUAUAGCCUUAAAUUUGAUGUGUGAUCCCUUUAUUGCAUAAACAUCAGGACUUAGGGACAUAAAAGCUACUCUAGAUUCUUGUGUUUAAAUCUCAUGAACUUUUGCAGAGGGGGAGGAGAAUAUAGGAAGGCUUUUCCCAGCCACAUGCCCUCCAGAUGUUAUAGACCCCAGUUCCCAGAAUUAACUGACUGUAAUUGAGAGAGUUGACAUCUAAAUCAUCUGAACAUUGCUUCUGGUUUGAGAAGGCUGAUAACACUCCAUGAAUAAGUUUUCUGGUAACAUAAUCAGAAUUAUUCUUGCUAUUCAAUCCCAAUUUUAAAGUUAUUAAUCAAUACUAGAGUAUAAAAUUAACUUUCAUGUGAGUCUAAUGUCUCUCCUCUUUUUUCAUGAUUAAAAGUGAGAAAAUUGUUUAAAAUAUAACCAGUAAAGAUAGCUAAUAAUUUCAACAGCAGUUGCAUUCCACAAAAAAAAAAAACUAAAAUUGCUUCUUCAUCUUACAUUAUUUCCAUUUAAUGUGUUAGACCGAAAGUAGUUUUCUGUUCCCUGAAAUAUAUUUCAAAAUAAUAGUACCAAAAAGUUUCAGAGCAUUAUUUAUAUAUUUACUUACUUAUUAGGUGUAUCUUUUUCCUUUUCUACCAAUGUAAAACUCAAGGGAUUUCAUGUGUGGUUUCUUGGUCAUGUGCACAGACAAUAACCAAACCGAGACACAUGCAGUUGCCACAAAGUGGCUACAUCGUGUGCCCUGGAACACCUUUGAAGAAUUAUUUUAAUAGGAUUUGCAGAACAAUCCUAUACCCGACUACUCAGAAUUAUAUGGCACUGAGUUCAUCGGGACAAAUUCUGAGAUACAUGGAUGUAACGAUUGCAGACUUCACACCAUGCACCCUCAUUGGUAGUCCAGCUAUAUUUUUCAGCUUCUAAACCGAUCAAGUAGCUUCUACUAUUGAGCUGUUGUCUCUUAGAGCAAAUUUGUAACAUCAUGAUCUCAGCUCUGGCUGUAGUUUCAAGGGUUAUUUACCCUAACUUAUUUACCCGAUAGACAUAGGAACCAUUUGUUCCAUUUUCUGUCAUAUCACCUGAGUUCAAAUAUGUAAAUCCAUAGUUUUGUGAUGUGAGGAGACCACAGUGAACCUUGUGCUCAUGCUGUCCUCUCUUCUGCAGUUUAUUUGCACAUGCUCUAGCAUCCAAGCCUGGCAGACAAUGAUGAUGUGUUUGAAACAGUCUGAUUGCAAAGCAUGAAUUAUGAAGCUGGCUUGUUUAAAUAAAGCACAGUUAAUCUUAAUAAUAAUUUAGGCUUCACAUGACAGUACUAAAGUGUGGUAAAUUUAAAUCAAAAGCCUGAGGCUUACUGUUGCUUGCUCAUCAUGCUAAAUUAUGAUGUACUGUGCUGAAUAAAGGCAACCAAAAGUGACUACCUGGGUGUUUUAAAAACAAAUGCACAUAACUUACAUCUCAUACAUAUGGAAACACCCUCUUUAACUUUGUUGUUUGUUGCCCCUUAUAACUUGCAUUCAUAAAAUGGCUAAUGGUUUAGUUUGAAGGAACUGGGCCAGUUCUUAGAUUAUGAUGGUGUUGUUAAGGUUUCUUAAAAGUAAUUUUCAUUUAAGCUCUGCCAAAGUGCAUGGACAUUGUCAAGUAAGUGGUUCAUAGUUAAAAUGUAACUUCGGUGCUGUAAUGAAGAAACUUUCCUUUCAUCUAGCUCACUUUCCAUUAAACCAGAAUAACUUGAAGACUGCAAUCCCCAAUUAAGAUAGGUCUGUUUUGUGAUUGUUUGGACUCCUGUAUUACUAGGAAAGCCCAAAUUGAAGGCAAUACUUCAAAAGAGAGCAAAUUAGAAAAUGAUAUGAUUGGAUCUCACAAUGAACAACAUGAACUAUGUUUGGCUGUAAUUUGUUUUUUUGUGAUUUUCCAUUUGAUAUUUUUAAUGUUUAUUCUAAUGUACUACAAAAUAUUAAUCACAUAAUCUACAUUUGAAAGAAUGCAAUCAAAUUCUGUAUAAGUUGAUGUUGCUUUAGAGGGUUUUACCAUUAUACUGUAUUUUCAGCUUCGAUGUAGAGAGCUGUUAUGUUCCUUGUGGCACAGGUGUUCUUUACCUGUAGUGGUUCCUAUUUUGCAUAUGAAAAUGCUCAGAUUUUAAGAGUUCUUUUAGUUGAGCUAACAAUGCAGCAAGUCCCCCUUAUCUUUGCUUCACUGGAGAAGUUGCAUCUUACUAUUUGGAACAAAUCAGCAAGUGGGGACCAACAGAUAAUCUCUAGUGAACAAUCUCUAGCAGUAGUAUACAUACAUUUUGUUAUAGUUCUUAUUUCAGAACCACAAGCUUCCCAUUUGUCUACCCAUUUUUGGCCCAUCCCUUCCACACCCCAAGUUUUCAACCUCUAUGUUUUUAUGUAGUGCAGAUAGCUUGUUAUACUUCAAUAUUUAAGCAGCUGGGAAAGAAAAAUAGGAAUGUUUUUCUCCCUAUUCCAUAAAAAUUCACAAAAACAAUAUGUUAAUCCAAGAAAGAUAUGAUCAGCAUUGAAAAAGCUUGACAUUAGUAUCUCUCACCAGUACUAUGAUGGCCGUUCUAAUCUAGUACUGAAAACUUUCUGUGGCCUUGACCAUUGGAGGCAGCAGUCCAUAAGCUGCUGUGACAUCCAUUGACAUACGUAAAAUUCUUGUUCCCUCCGGCAUGCUUACAAAUAUGUAUUACUCUCUGCAAGUAAUUCUGCCUAAGCAGGAAAGUGCUCAUUUGUCCUUUCUCUUUGUGCUGCAACUCUUGUUGGUUUGACUCAGUUUGUUUUGCAGAAUAAGGAUGAGCUUGUAUGGGAAUGGUUCUCAGAAAUACAGCCUAUAUUUUGUACUUGUUUGAUUAAGUACCAUUAAAUGUUUUGUUAGAACAACUCUAACCCUGACCAAAAGCCAACUUCUGAAAUAAAAUAAAUUGAAGGUAA